AUGAACCAACAGAGCGAUCAGGACACACUUCGAAAGGGAAGCAGUCCAGAUCGAAGGGGAAGAAGUCCAGGUCGAACGGGAAGAAGUCCAGAUCGAAAGGGUAGAAGCCCAGAUCGAAGGAGGGAUCUGUUCCUCGAAAUUUUCAGGGGGGGGCCAGGAACGCACUUUUGUUCCGGCAAAAAAAAUUUUUUCCUAGAAACGAAUACCCUAGAGUUAGACAUAAAAAAGGAGUUUCUAAAAAAUGUGGAUUGCCCAUCGUCCUUUCUGUCCAAAAUUUCUAUUUUCAAAAAAAAACUUAUUAAUGAUUUUUUUAUUUUGAAAAAGGAGGAAAUUAAAAAGAGAUUAUGGCAAAAUUACGAGGAGGUCAUAGACAGCUUAAGGGAUGAAGACGUGAGGGAAGUGUUUAACAACAUAAAUGAAUUUUCGUCAAGGGAGAAGGAUAAUGAAGAAUUGUUCCUGCGUUAUUUGCACGAGUUUGGGAAGGGUACCCUGGGGGGACGCACAAAGGGGAGGAAGAAGAAGGAGAAGAUGAAGGAAAGGGAGAAGGGAAAGGAGAAGGGAAAGGAGAAGGGAAAGGAGAAGGAGAAGGAAAGGGAGAAGGAAAAGGAGAAGGAAAAGGAACACUCCUCUUUGGCGACUUCACCAGAGCAGGCGGGAACGUCUACCCCUCACUGCCCGAAGUGUAACUGCCCUGGGAGAGGUGGAACCAAAUGUGAUGGUUCAGAGAAAGGCGAGGCAGCAUCACUGGGAGGCCCACCUAAUGUAGACCCACAGAACAUACUAGCCAAAAUCAUGCACUCAAGUAAGGAUGGACAAAAAAAUGUUAAAAAAAUUAGUAAAAGGUUGAAUAACUUGUGGGACAUGUACAUGACGAGCGGGUUUCGAAAUUGGCAGAUGGGUCAGCGUGAGGAUGUAACGACAGAGAUUUUGCAAAAGAUUAUGCAGAAGGGGCGCCAGGAAAUAGAUUUUUUGGAGGGCUCCAAGAGGGUUCACAUGGGUAAAGUUGCCAGGGUGUUGAGGAGGAAGGGGAUAAGCCACAGGGGUGGGGACAGAACUGGUGGCACACGCGGAGGGAGAUACAGCGCACGAGGUGAUCAAAUCAAUGCUGGCGGCGAACUGGAAGGCAGGGGGAUCCCUCGUGGGGGCGAAACGAGUGCUGCCGAGGUCAACCCAAGGGGAAGUACGAACUGUUCCAGCUCGAUGGACACGAGUUUGACCAACCCGACUAAGCAGACCAACCCGAAUAAGCAGACCAACCCGACCAACCAGACCAACUCCGUGGUUGGUGGAUGCGCCGCACCUAGCGCACUCUCCAGUGAUGCGAAGAAUAUCGCUAACCUAACCAGCAGGGAGACGUCCAACAGCAGGAGCAGCCUCUUCGGAAACAGGGAUGCCAGCAGCAAGGAUAACCAAGGGGAAUGCUCAAGCGCCACUUUGGGAAAACCAGGCCAAGCGGAGAGCCUCAGAAAAGAAACAAUCUUCACCCGUUUAGGGGCCAAGGGAGGAGCGGUCAAGCCCACUGGCACGCAGAGCCUUGGCAAGAUAGGCUGCAGUGGUGCAGCACAUCCCACCGGUGUAGCACAUCCCACCGGUGUAGCGCACCCCGUCGGUGUAGCGCACUCCAUCGGUGUAGCCGAUGAACCCGGUUCAAGUAAGGCCGGCCGUAGCUGCGCGACCCCCAAGAACCCCCGCACUUCGGAUACCGCUCACACGCCGAGCUCCUCCCUGGCGUCGUAUAUGCUGAACCCGCAGGACCUGACAGAGACGAACAGCGCCGAUAAAGCGCACCAGGUCAACUACACAGUUGACGGAGUAUAUAGUGUGAGCAGCACGAAGAGGGUGAGCGGCCUGUACAGCUCGGACAUGAAGGAGAAUACCGUUACGAAGCUUACCCGGGAUAGCAUUAUUCGAAUCAAAAAAGAAAUUUUGAGAAAGGCAAAGCUAAGGAGUGCAAAAGUCGAAACAAAGAAAUGUGGACAAGGUGUUCACGAAAUAUUAAUCAACUCACUCAAAGGAGAGGUAAAAAUGAAGGUAAAAAAUUUUGUAAAAGUACAUCAAGUAGGUCAGGGAGCUUACGGAGAUGUGUGGAUGGCGGAGGACAUUACAAACAACAGGAGGGUGGCUUUGAAGAAAUUAAAAAUAAAUGGAAACAAAGAGGGACUAGCCAAAACCUACAUAAGAGAAAUUUCCAUUUUGAAUUCCUUAAAGCAUAAAAAUAUUGUGGAGUUGAUGGGGGUGGUUUACACCAAACUACCCCCCAGUGAGGCCUUCCCGGCGUCCCCCUGUGGCCCGAGCACGUCGGAGCGGCUACACCAGCUGCAGCAAUUGAAGCAGUUGAAGCAAAAGGCCGAGACGAACUCGUCUAUCUGGAUGGUAUUCGAGUAUGUGCCGUUUGACCUAUCAGGGUACAGUGAGCUGCUAAGGGACGAGCGAGCUCAAAGAGAAAGAUAUAAAAAUGGAAAUCUCUUUUCCAUAGGAGAGGUGAAAAAUAUUUUCCUGCAGCUACUCAGAGCAUUAAAUUAUUGUCACAAAAAUAGUAUAAUCCACCGGGAUGUCAAAAUAGCUAAUUUGUUAAUUGAUAAAAAUGGAAUCUUAAAGCUAGCCGAUUUUGGUUUAGCUAGAUUCCACGCAGAUGUAACUCCCUCAAAUAUGACGAAUAGAGUUAUUACCCUUUGGUACAGACCCCCAGAAUUGCUACUCGGAUCGAAUUACUACACAUCGUCAGUUGACAUGUGGAGCUGUGGAUGUGUAUUAGCGGAACUACUCACAAGUAAUCCCAUUUUUUCAGCAGACAACGAAACUGAUAUCCUCAAAAUUAUUGUUAAUAAAAUAGGAGCCCCCAACAACAAAGAAAUUAAGUUCCUAAGGCAUCUACCCAACUGGAAUAUCCCAAGCUUAAAUCCGGUGCAUCCAAAUAAUUUGAGCAAUAUAAAUCAAAAUAAAAAAAGUGAAGUAGAAAAUGCAAUUAGAAGCAUACCAGGUGUAGGAGACUUAGGAUUAGAUCUCAUAAAGAAUCUCCUAAAAUGGAAUCCCUUUGAGAGAUUCUCCGCUCUACAGGCAAUGAACCAUCCCUGGUUCACCACCAACCCUUUACCAGAAAAACUAGGCGAACGAAAUAAUAUAAAAGCUGCUCAUAGCUUCAUGACAAAAAAUUUUAAAAAGAGAGACAUUUCAAAAUUAAAUUACAGGAAGGUCCAAGAAAAUUUUAGAUUCGUUAAUCGGAGGAGAACCAAGGAGUUCCCAACAAAAGAAACGCAGAAAAGGUGCAAACUGUGA